AGUGAUGCUGCAGCAUUCUCUUGAAGGAAGGUUGCAUGGCAUUGUGCAAAGCUGGAACUGUGUAGAAGGUCUGACUUGAAAGGAGAUAAGCCAUCUGCUCUACGAUCGGUUUCUCAGUCGCAACAAUGUCGGCGGUGAAUGCGCUUCGGUUCCUGACUUUCCUCCAGCUCUGCUUCUUGCCUGCACUGGCACAGACUUCUACGGAGAAAAACGAUGUCAAGACAGAAAACACCGACGCAUUCGAGAUUCUUGCUUCUAUUCCUUACGCCGAGGCCAUCAAAGACACGAACACAAACCCCUUGUUCAAGUGCCUGACGGCGAGACGGAUCGUGUUCGACCCCAUCAGUCCGUCAGCUACGUACGAGUGGUCACUGAACGCCGGCGACGGACAACCGAGGAAGCACGCAACGUUUUACUUCACACCAGGUGCUACCCUGGACACUGCCACUGUCGUCAUCAACUCAAAUGACAGCACUCGGCAGACUGCAAGAUACCCUUACACAGACUACACAACGUGCGGAAUCAUGACACUUGACUUCGAGGGACAUCAUUGCACCUUGUGGGUGAAAAAUGCAACGCUUUCGGUUCCCGAAGAAUGUCAUCGACAGUUCACCAAGAUCUGCGGGGAAGGCGUUUCGCUUUACGACAAAAGUGCAUGCCGCCAGCUGAUGGCAUAAGUGCAUUAAAACACAAACUUUGUCAAGAGGGGCAACGAGCUAAGUGGUACUGAAUUUAUGGUGCUAUAAAACUAUUCAUUGCUUAAUAAAAUGAAAAAAAAAUGAUCUCUCAG